AUGGCGCUAUCUCUGAAUGAAGAGAUUUUGUCGGCACUAAAAACAUUGCAAAAAUACAACUUCAAGGAAGCGGAAAUGGUUCUAAAGCAGGAGGCAGGGUUACUGGACAAUAAGUCGGCCGAGGAGUUCUUCAAGUUCAAAGCUGGAGGUCUUUGUGAUGAGGCCAAGAAAUUUUUGGAGACGUUCAGGAAAUAUCAAGAGGAUUUCUAUCAAUCGGAUAUUACGCUACUGGCACACAUCACAGACCCGGACCAGUUGUUGCUGAAUCCUUUAGUGGAGUCGUUUCGAUCAUCAGAAUUUUUUGUUAGUGUGGCCAACUCGUCCUAUACUCUAUUGCGACAUUUCCUUCAGCAGAAUGGACUAAGCAUAAUACAGAGUGUUUUGAACGAACAACUCUCUGUUGAAGUAAUUGAGGGUCCUCCACGAACACGUUUGCAACUCGACGUGCGCCGAGGUGCCUUGUUCGGUGAAGCACCUCGAGAAUCCAAUAAGGAACCAGUAUUGUAUGGUUUACUUUCCGAUCCUGCUCUACGAGCCUCCAGCAGUACUGAUCCUUCACAAUCAACCACAGACGGUAGUGGUCUGUUGAAUGAAUUGGCUGAUGGUGUGUUCCCUUUAGUUUUGAUUGUACUGCUUACCACUUGCAAUCUGUUUUUGUGUUUGCAUGUAUACUACAUCCAAAAGGAACCAAGAAGAAAAAUUCCAUUCUCUCUUCAGUAA